GUCCCUCCCCACCGGAUGACCCCUCUUCGUAACAGCUGGCUGAAGCUUUUAGAACCUCUAGUUCAGCACAUGAAGCUCCAGGUUAGAAUGAACACUAAGCGCCGUUGUGUCGAGAUGAGACGUAGUGGUCCUGGUGCCGAAGUGAACUCCCUUCAAAAGGGUGCUGACUUCAUCAAGGCCUUCAUGCUCGGCUUCGACAUCCAAGACGCCAUUGCUUUACUAAGGUUGGACGAUCUCUUCCUUGAAUCCUUUGAAGUGAAGGAUGUGAAGCGCCUCACUGGUGACCAUCUCUCCCGAUGCAUCGGACGUAUUGCUGGUAAGGAUGGUAAGACGAAAUACGCCAUCGAGAACUCUACUCGGACUCGGAUUGUGCUAGCUGAGGACAAGAUCCACUUGCUUGGUUCCUUCACCAACAUCCGUUUAGCUAGGGACGCCAUAUGCAGUCUGAUCCUCGGAAGCCCUCCCAGCAAAGUAUACCAAAGACUGCGCACUGUCAGUAAACGCGUUCAGGAGCGUCUGUAG